AUGCCUGAUAUGAUGUUUGACUCACCUAUGCUGAGCAACAUGGAUGGUGAGCUGGUUCUUACACAACAACUCGAGUGCUUAUCUGAACACACAUUGGAUGAUCUGGUUCAUGAAAUAGUUUGCCGGAACGGCGAACUUCCUUAUGCGUGCCACGAUAGCAGCGAUUGUCCUACUCAUUGGACAAGUGCUAAUGACGCAGGCCCAUCAGUGCAGCCUAAAUACCCCAAAUAUCAUGCAUCGCCGCUACCGACGGAUGUGUGUGUCAUGAUGGAUGACAAACUGUACGGUCGCCUUGAUCCGUCACUAGAUCCAUCCCAGAGCUACGUGCACGCCAUUCUAGAACAUACACAUCCUAGCACAUCGCCUCUCGCCAAGGCCGUUUACAGUGGCAAGACACUUAGCUCUACGCGCCUGACUCAACUCCGGUCACUCACUCUGCAUCAGCCAAACUGGCUCUUACAUGUGGGCGACUGCGAGCACAUAUGGUGCAUUGAUGGUAUCCGGUACGUGAAGGAAGCGUGUCUAAACUCACACGUCAUCGUCCAUGACAGGCUGCUUGGAUCGAAUGAAAAUGCUGAAAUUUAUCCUCGGACCACGUAUAUUCAGCGAUGGAUGCUCUCGUCGCUAGUUCGUCAGUACUUGGCACCGAAAAAACUCGUCGGUCGGAACGAACGUUUGAGUGUGCCUUGUGACAUAUGUGAUGGAACACGAGAUGCUGUUGCCCUAGUACUGGGAGGAGAUGCUGUCGUGUGUAACAAGAACGGGAAACGAAAGUUGUCAGGUAUGCCGCAAUUGGUUAUGCCCUGCUGCGCCGUGUGCUUUCAAAUGGCAACGGGAACGGACGUGUCACACGCAUGGGGUCCAAAUCCUCCAUCGUCGGAAGACAACGGGACAUGGACAGUUAUGCCUUUGUUUGCGAAAUAA